CCCAUCUUCCGUUCCGACGGCUGAGCAAUCUCGCACCACCCCCACCACCUGCACCUCGGCUCCGCGCCAUGCAAUCUCCGCUUGCCCUCCUCCCCUUUCGCCUUGCCUCCGAAGUGGACGAGGCGUGGCCGGGACAGAGUGGAAAUCUAAAAUUCCACGACGUUCCUUCUAGCAUUGACGACGCCUCACCCACCUUACUUGCAACUCCAUCGAAGCUGUGGUAUAGAUUGACUCAGCUCUCAGGAAUCAGAAGAGCAGUACAGAAGUGACAGUACAUCCUUGUACCAAAACGAAGACGCAUCGAAGGAGCACCAAAGGAGCAGUAGUAGCAUCACGGAAGUAACACCAACACAAUGGUCAAAGAGACAAAGUUUUACGAUGUCCUCGGCGUCGCCCCCUCAGCUGGAGAGUCUGAGCUGAAGAAAGCAUAUCGAAAGAAGGCGCUCUCAGCCCACCCCGACAAGGGUGGUGACCCGGAAGUCUUCAAAGAGAUCACCAGCGCCUAUGAGACUCUAUCAGACCCACAGAAGCGAGACAUGUAUGACCGGUUCGGAGAGGCUGGCCUGAGCGAGGGUGGCGGAAUGGGCGGUGGUAUGGACCCUUCGGACCUCUUCUCACAGCUCUUCGGCGGCGGUGGCGGAGGAGGUAGCUUCUUCGGCGGUGGUGGUGGAAGGCAACGUGGCCCUCGCAAGGGGAAGGAUCUGGUUCAUCGAGUCAAGGUCUCUCUUGAGGAGCUGUACGCCGGCAAGAUCACCAAGCUCGCACUCCAGAAGAACGUCCUGUGCAAGGGCUGUGACGGAAAGGGAGGCAAGAACGUGCAGACCUGCAAGUCUUGCAACGGUCAGGGUGUCAAGAUGCAGCUGCGUCAAUUGGGUCCUAUGAUCCAGCAGGUACAGAGCCCUUGUGAGGUUUGCAGUGGCUUGGGAGAGACCAUCCCACCCAAGGACAAGUGCAAGACAUGCAACGGCAAGAAGGUCGCUUCGGAGAGGAAGGUCCUCGAGGUGCGGAUCGAGAAGGGAAUGGAAGAUGGCCAGCAGAUCACCUUCAAGGAGGAGGCGGACCAGGCACCAGGUACUAUUCCAGGAGACGUGGUCAUCGUAGUCGACGUCAAGCCCCACGAGCGUUUCCAGCGCAAAGGCACCAACCUCUACACCGACUACGAAAUCGACCUGCUGACCGCUCUCGGAGGAGGCAAAUUUAUCAUUCAGCACCUCGACGAUCGGGCUCUCUCUAUUGAGAUUCCCCAAGGCGAAGUGAUCCGACCUGGUACGGCCAAGGUACUGCGUGGACAGGGAUUCCCCUCGCAACGCUUCCACGAGCCAGGAGAUCUCUACGUCAACCUGCGCGUGAGCUUCCCGGAGACGAUGCCCAUUGAGUCUAUUCAGCUGCUGGAGAAGGCCCUGCCGGCUAGAAAGGCGCUGCCCAAGAUGGACAGCAAGAUCCAUGUGGAGGAUGUGGAGAUGGAUGACAUGGAUGAGAGGGAGACGAGGAAGGCUCGCGGCAAUGGACAACCCGGUGGCAUGGAUGUGGACGAGGACGAUGAGGAGGCUGGCGGUGGACCCCAGGUUCAGUGCGCCCAAUCGUAAAGACCUUCUGAUCUUUCUCCUCUCCACGUAUAGCAGUAGCAGUC